AAUAAAUGAAUUAGAAUCAACACCAAAACAACCUAAACGUCCAAUUGAAGAUGAAGAAGAUAUUCCAACAAGAAAUAUCAAUAAAGCUUCAGAAGCAAGAAGUCUAAUAGGUAAUAAUAUUAGACAAAUAAAUUAUAUUAUAUCAGAAUAUAAAAAGAUAUUAAAUGAUGAUAAUAAGAGAUUUUUUAAUAGAGUUAAAACAAGUAAUGUUAGACAAAUGAUAAAAGAAGCAUAUAAGAAGAGUUUAGACAAAAGAUCAUUGCUAAAUGUUUUUUACAAUAUCUGGGUUCUUUCUAAAGAUGAUAAAUUUUUAUUGAGUAAAGGAUUCACUAAAAAAAAGAUACAAGAAGGAAAAAAAUUAUCUGAAGAUAUUAAUGAGUAUCUAUAUGCAAAUACUAAAAGAUUAAGAAGCAUAAAACUUCCUAAAUUAAAAAAGAAAAGUAGAUAUAAUCUAAUGGAAACUCGACCAAGAAUAUAUUUAAAAUCAACUCAAAGUUUUUUGAUGAAUCUAUUAGGGUUUCCAGAAGAGAAAAUUGAUAAUAUUAAAAACAUACAAGUUAUAAUUGAUCAAUAUAAAAAAUCAUUAAAUAAUCCUUUUGAUAUUUUAGAAAAUGAUAUUAAUAUUCUUCAAGAUACGUUAACUGAGUAUAUGUUAAAUUAUAAUAGUAAAGAUGAAAAGAAAAAGUAUUUAGAUAAAAUUACUAGAAUACUUCUUAAAAAUGAAAUUAAACCUGAAGAUGAUGAUAUAAUAGAUAUUUUUAAUUCAUUUGAUUUUAUAUAUUAA